AUAAUUGACUCAAGAUUGCGAGCCGGUUUUAACAGCACAGAGGCAACCAUGAAGUACCUUAUGAUAUGCCUUACUGUCGUGAACUUGCGGUACCGCACCGUUUCUAAUCCUAAGGUCCAGCUCAUCUUGCGGGGCGUCGAGUUCAGUGAGCAUAGCCAGGAGACCGAAUACUACAAUUAUCUUGGAAAUGGUGGAAUCGAUGGAUUGAAAUCGCUGUACGGAAUAGUAGAAUUUGUGAAAAAGAAGAACAAAACAUACGGUGAAUUCGACAUGGUUUACUUCUCAACUGGGUACGUCCUGCGUAAUAUCGGCCAGAGUCACCAGCAUGUCCGUUUCUAUAUAGUUGCACCGCUUUACUGA